AUGCGGUUGAGGCCCUUCCAGGCCGGCGUGGGCCAAGCACGGGAUCUGGAGGAGCGCCCUGGCUUUGUGGAGCCUGAGAAGCAGCUCCUUGUAGCCCCCGCUGACCCACUUGUGCUCUCUGUGUUGCUGCAGGAUGUGAUCCAGGUAUCCAAAAAAUACCUCCCAGGCAUGGCAGUGGGAUAUUCCAGCGCUAAGCUGACCUUGCAUGUGGGAGAUGGUUUUGAGUUCAUGAAACAAAAUCAAGAAGCCUUUGAUGUGAUUAUCACGGACUCGUCUGACCCCAUGGGUCCUGCAGAAAGCUUAUUCAAAGAAUCUUACUACCAGCUGAUGAAGACAGCCCUGCGAGAAGAUGGGAUUCUCUGCUGCCAAGGUGAGUGCCAGUGGCUGCACCUGGAUCUCAUUAAGGAGAUGCGUCAGUUCUGCAAGUCUCUGUUCCCGGUGGUGGAAUACGCCUAUUGCACCAUCCCCACGUAUCCCAGCGGGCAGAUUGGCUUCAUGCUCUGCAGCAAGAACCCGAACACAAAUUUCCGGGAGCCUGUGCAGCAGCUCUCGCAGCAGCAAGUGGAGGAGAGGAGUCUGAAGUACUACAACUCUGACAUCCACCGGGCAGCCUUCAUCCUGCCCGAGUUUGCACGGAAGGCGCUGAGCGAUGUGUGAGACUGAGAAGCUGCUUCCUUCCUUCAAGGUGGACCCUGAGAUCGUCAGUGAUGUGGUUGGGACCUUCCCAGCAGACUGCAGAUUUGCUCUCCACUGUGUGGGAUUGUUUAACCCGUUUGCCAGCCAACAUUCCCUUUGAUGUGUAACAGAUGAUGGGGCACAAGCCAGAUAAGACUAUUGAAAAGGUCCAGUGACUUAUUGCGUGAGGUCAAAACUGUUCUUUCCAGUGCUGGAAACGUAAGGUGUCUUCUUCCUUUCUCUCCUCCCUGCACCCACCCCAAAUCCCCCGUCCCUGUGCCCCCGUCCCACCUCCACCCCCAACUGACAUGAUGUAUUUAUAACUGACACAUGUUUCUGUCUGGUGAUCUGGGAAGAGUCCAAAGGGUCCCUGACUCGGCCUUAAGCACAGAGAGUGAGAGCUCUGUGCACGGUGAGCUUCGCUCUCUCCUCGUGGGAGCUCCCUACUGCUGAGACGUUUGACUGGUAACGGGUCUGAGCCUCCGUGUCCCUCUGCCCUCCUGUGACACCUGCACUGCUCUGCAGCACGGCUGGAGAAGUCACAGUGCAAACUGUUGCCAUUCACAAUAGGUCUCCCUCCAACCCUGAUGGAGUAGCAGUAUUAAACACCAGCCAGGCAGGCUGGCAGCAAA